CAAAGAAGACUGACUAGCUUUGUUUUGGUACUUUUUGCACAUUUCAAAGCCGGGCAUAGAUUGUUAUCAAUCUUGAUUAGUUUUACCUCAAACAGCCUGACAGUGUGUUGAAAAACAUUUAUUAGCCUGGUAAUGUGCAAAAUAUAAAAUAAUGCAAAAUUGUGGCGGCUAGUUUUUUAAGAAUACUUAUAUCCUACAAAACAUAUCCUAAUUCAUCGAAUAUAUAUUUUUAAUGGUUAUAUUUUCAUAUCACGCAUGCAGGCAGCUCACAAAAUAUAGUAUAUAGUCAUAGAGGAGGAAGAGUUAGGUUGCCAAAGCGGUUGUAUAGUUAAAAAGGGCGAGAUCGGAGGAGAAUAUUUCAUUUUUACCCUUUGUAUCACAAGGCUUAUAGUCGGAGUUAAACACUUGAUAUGUUUCUGCAUGUUAUUAUUAAUAUUUCAGUUUGCAGGAUGGGUACUUUCUAAAUAACACAUUAAAGUUGUUUUAGUAGCUGAAGAAAAUAAAGUUUUACCUGAAUAUAUUAAAUGUUGUUAUUAAUAAUUAAUAUUUACAUAACACCUAUAGCACUGACUUGACUAUAUGCAUUUAUGAAAUAUUUUGAGUGAGUUUGGUUAAAACUUGAAAUCAACAUUAAUAAACAGUUUAGUUGAUUAGGAAGUUAUUUGUGAUUCAAGUAAAGUCUAAAAUAAUUUUAUACCUCGUCAUAUAGCUUGUCACAGAGUGUUAAACAUUGAACACUAGUGUUGCACUCAUGCAUGACGUCAUUCAAUGACUCGACCGCCGAAAUUAACAGACUUUUGUCGCCCAUACAUGCAUCUUCAAUUUUGAGUAAUUAGUUUUUUUGUUUUCUUGGGAAACAAAACUCUUUAGCUAUACCGAAAUUUACUUUGCGUGAUGCUCUCCGAUGCCUUAACUAAAUAUUUAGUUAACAUAUGUCUGCAGCAGGUGCUUUUCAUGAAUAUUUUAAACUGAAUAACCUAAUAUAUUAUAUUGCCGUUAUAUUAAAAAUCGGCUUGGGCUUCUCGGUUGUUUCCCUUAGCAUCACUUUAUGUGUAAAAUUGUAUAGUCUGCAGUAGACAAUUGCCGUAUAUUAUUUUGACCAAAAUAUUCCGAUUUAUCGUUCCACCUAUAUAUAUAUAUAUUAGUGCCAUCAAAAAAUAAACAAAUUAUCGAAAACAUUUAGGAGUUAGGAACUUAUAUUUUCUUGAUAGUUUUAAGAAUGGUGAAGAAACUAUCAUCAGAUUGAACUUUUCUAUUAUUUCAGUGUGGUUUUUAAAUUAUUUUGAGUAUACUUUUCGAUUGUUUUAAAGUUUUGCGCGCUAUAAUUUUAUUUUCUUGCCAGCCGGCUAAGGAAUAACUAACUCAUUGCAAUCUAUAAUAUGCUGUCAAUCAAUGACGUCGCCCAUCGCAGGCAACCAGAAUCGACUGCAGAAUUGCAUUGUUAUAUCUACAUGCUCGCAUUUAUUAUAUUUUCGCCAUAUUUAAUUAACACGACAUGCAGUCACAGUUUUACUAUUCAGUCAAAUAUUUAACAUGCUUAUAGCUAUCGGGCUGCCCACAUGCGGUGAGACUCACGAUAUACCUAAAACAGUAUGUAUAAGCUCUAUCGAGUAUUGUAUAUAUACGCAAUAUUAUAGCUAUACUGCAACUGCAUGUGUGAUGUAAUUUUACAAACAUUUGGUCGAACAACCUAAUUCCUAAAAUUUAUAUAGAAGUUUUAAAAAUGUACGUAUACACUGCGCGGUACGAAAUGGGGAGUUGUGUACGCGCAUAUACCAAGGAAGUUUGGAAUUUCAAAACUUCGCAUAAAUCGCAUUAUUUCACAUAUUUUAAAGGCUGCAGCAUGCAGCGAUGUAACUAUGAUGAUACAUAUAAUAUUGAAAGAACAUAAAAUAAUCGUUCGUCAUGACACGUUGUUCAUUUAUGAUAAGGUAAAAUACUAUAGUUAUUGACAUCAAUGUUGAUGCACGGAAACUUUUUGCGACACCACAUUGCUGCCCCACCACUGUGACUAAUCCGGCAAACGCCGCGUUUCGCCAUUCAUAUAAAAUUAUAAUAAACUCAACCCGGGAUGUAAUGUUAUAUCUCACUCUAUACUUCAUCCUUGCAAACGUCGGCGACGUUAGGUCGCAAGGAUAUAUCAUUUCAGUGACCAGCGUCAGAAGUCUUUAAUUCCAUUCCUGAUAAAAUACAUAAUUAUAAGCGAUCAUAUAUACACUAAAAUUGGUAUUAGAUACCAAUCUUUACUCACCCGCCCCAUUGAUUGCAGUUUUGUAGUAACUCCAUAUUACCGUGAAGCACAACAAAAUGAUAGUCGCUUUCUUCAUUUCCUUACGGUAAUGGUAAACGCAACACGUUAAGGUGGUGUGAAAUCUUAUCAGGUUCGCCUAAAAGAUGUAGAAAAGUGUAUAACCGAUGAAUGCCCAUGUCCCACGACACGGGUUUUCAGUUGGAUUUUGCCCAUAUUUUACUGGCUCUAUCGGGACUUUCAGAUUUUAAAUCCCGGAACUCAAGUUAUAAUAACCCAAAAUUGUAAAUAAAUUAUAAAGCUGAAAAAGUAUAGUAUUUUAAAAUAUUGCUGAAACAGUAUAAACAUUUCUAUCCCAAAAAUUACCGAAAAACGAUUAACAAAUUAAGGCAUGCAUAAUUUCUUGAUAAUUUUUAUCUUAGUUGAAACUCCGCGUAAGUUCAUUGUCAUCCUUGUCUUAUCCUUAUCUCGUUACUUAUCUACACUACUCCAUGUCUAAUCAGUCUGUAUCGAACUGAUUCAAAACUUUUGAUUAUUAACAUCCAUAAAGAUAAUUUAUAUAGUAUAAAAUCAAAAUUUGUUUCCGUGAAGCAUUACGCACUGAAAUCAUGCAAAAUAUCAUAACCUGUCAGGUUUAACUGUAUAUAUCACGUCUAAAUAUUUUAAUUUAAUCGAUCAAAAAGAGAAUUUUACAAUAUGCAGGCGAUUUUCAAUUCGGUAAACCAUUUUAAGUGUACGUACGAUCAACUGUAUAUAAAAGAAAGAUAACAAAAUAAUUAGAUGAUCAAAAUUGUUAUAAAUGUCAGAAUUAUAUACGUUGUCGUUAACGUUGUAUACAUAUAAAAUAUCUGAUAAAUACCUCAAUUGGUUAUAUGCGGUGUAUUAUUCGUCGUUUGUAGCAGAAUUCUGUGACUUUGCUUCUCCUUCGUCAAGCCACAAAUAACUCGGUCGAGAAUUCGGCGUUUGAUUAUAACAGGCGAAAACAUCUGACAGACAUAAAAUGGGCGUUAUUGAAGCACGUCUCGACAGCCACUUCACGAGAAAAUUUCUAAGUCACGAUCACACCGCAUGAUUGACUUUUGAAGAGCAAAACUUAAAAACAGAUGGUUAUUGUUUGACUUUAUAUAUACCUUUCUUAAUAAUAUGUUUCUUGCGUAAAUGUGGAGCUUUCCAGAAAGUUUAUUAACAUAAGAAACUGAUAAGUAAUAUAGUUUUUCUAUAUGUAUAAGAAUCACACAUUCAUGAAGGUACAACAACAUCUGAAGGUGAAGUUAUCAUUUUCCCCCUAAUAUAAAUUAAAUUUAUAGUAUUUUUAUUUCAAUUUAGUCAGUUAAUGUUUCGUAAUUUAAUACGUACAAACAAGUUUUUACACCAACUUCAUAAAUAUUGAGUAAAAAUUAACAAAAAAGAUCUUUCUACUAAUUUAAAAAUUCAAUCUUCAUUUUUAUACAAUUAUAAUUAAUUUGCAUUAUACCGUAAACCUCCGAAUAUAAGCCCCCCUUCGAAUUUUUUGCUCCCCCCCCAGGCCUCCCCCAGCCCGAAUAAUUAUAAGCCUCUCCGUGUAUUAGCCCAUGGGGGGCGUAUUGUUGGACAGGCAUGUACAUACAGUUUAUUAACAAAGUGACGGGGAUACCAACAGCUCAGAACGAGAGACGAUGAUGUUGACCAACUUGCUUUAUCCCCGAGCCAACGUUCCGGGCGUAAGCCCGGGGUGAGGGUACCAAUUCAUGGGUUUCACUACAGCAUUAUGCAGUGAAUCUGACAGGGGACAACCUCAAAUGUAUUGACGCUUAUGCUGUACUGGAGUGAGAAAAUGAUACGAAAUUCCAUGCAAUUGUCACCAAACACAAGGUUAAUACUUAAAACGGGCAAUCGACUCACUUUGAUCACUGUAUUUUGCUGUAGAGUUGACCCUCCAUCACUUUUGUGACGUUAUAUUAGUUAACCUGCACCGUAGCAGGAGAACGAACGAAUAGUCUCAUUAACUGAACGACAGUCUCGUACUCAUUCGUAUGAUAGACGUUUUCUAUUGGCUAUGAGAUAAACUCAUUAUAAUACUCGUAAACUUUCGUUUGUUGUUUAUAUUAAAUAUAUCAAGCCAUAUUGACCGUGACGGUAGCGGUGCCAGGGAGUAAAUAAUGCAAUCAAUGACUCAAUGCAGCAAUAAAUGUACAUGCAUUGGUCAUUGCUGUUUGCAGCGGUAGAAACAGCAGGAUAUACAGUCUACCCGCGGCACGAAACACAAACUAUAAGAUAUGAGCAAGUUUAACAAGAGAUCUACGUGUGCACUUCAGCAUACGUCUAUGCGAUAGCGUGUGAAAAUUCCAGAAUAAAUGCCAAUCAGGUCUAUAGUGCAAUAUAUCGUCCCGUUUCUGUGUUCCAACUUUGAAACAUGCUUACAACUUGUAUAAGUUCAGCUUUGUAAACUAUUGCGCGCCAAAUAUAUUAAUUUCCGAUUAAAAAUACUAUUCCAUGACCAUAUUUUCUACAAUAUUCAAGUAGACUUCGCUUUCCCCUGCAUCAAUCGGCAACAACACUAAGCAAGUAGCUAACAAAGUCUAUACAUACAUGCAUGGCAAAUAUUCGAUCAAUCGGCUUUUGAAAUAACUUAACGUUUUGGGGGAAGUGCACUGAAAACUCACAGUUGAUAUUGUUAGAACCUCUUGGGAAAUAGUCAAUUUGAAUUUAUGCAUGGAGUUACUUGAGUUUAGAAAAUAAAUUAACAAGCUAGCUGAAUUUCGAGUAUCAGGCAGUAGGCGUCAGCUUCUGUCACACGUACAAUAUUCAGUAUUCAUGUUUCGCUCGAUGAUUGAUAUAUUAUUAUUAUUAUUAUUAUUAUUAUUAUUAUUAUUAUUAUUAUUACUCAUUUAUAUAGCGCCAUUUCCUGCAGCUCAAUGGCGCUUAACAUUAAGUGUUAAAAAUAUAUACUAUAUAUAAGUACAUGCAUAAUACUAAGGUUGGUAAUACAUACAUUAACUAUACUAAAAGUACUAUAUGUUCUUUUCAUUAUAUUAUCAAUAGCCACAAGAAUAUCGUUUUGCACUUUUAAUAGGCCUGUUUCCACGCUAUGAAAACGUUUAUAUGCCGACUGGAAAGGUUCUUCUAGGUUGUUAUUAGCCAAAUGUUCCAGAAGCUGACCGGCGGCGGCCUUCUCAAUUACUUUAGACAGGAGUUUUAAAUUUGAAAUAGGUCUAAAAUUUGUGUAUUCUUCGUAUUCCAACGAAUCUUUCUUUAGUUUUGGUUUCAACACGGCUUCUUUUAGUUUUCCAGGCAUACAACCUGACUGAAGUGACUCAUUACUGAUCUUAGUAAUUAUAGGUAAGAGAGUCUUCUGACAACUUUGAAAGAUUUUUGCGGGAACUGGAUCAAGUUCACAAGAUUUUUUUCCAACUAUAUCAAUAAUAUUUUUAAUUUCAUGUUCCGUGACUUCUUGAAAGUUAAUGAAUUUAGCGCAUUGUACAUAUUGCUCCUCUUGAUUUAGCUGAUUACAGUGGGAAGAAUCAAUGACUAGUUCUUGCCGUAUAGUAGUAAUCUUAUUACUGAAGAAAUCUGCAAAUUUAUUCACGAGUUCUGUGGUUGAUGACACAGUUGGAUAGCGCUUUUCUGACUUUCGAUGGAGUAAUUUAUCAACCGUACUAAAUAACACUUUCUGAUUAUGUGCAUUGCUAGAAAUAACCGAUGAAUAGUAUGUUGUCUUAGCAUUCUUUAUCAUGGCAUUCACUGUCUCACAUUGUUUAACAUAUAACUGUCUGUCAAUACAUAAUCCAGAUGCGCGCCAGCGGCGCUCUAAUUUUCUGCGAUUUCUUUUUUCUUGACCAAUCUCUUCAUUGUACCAUGGUGAUAGAGGACGGAGAGUUAUAAUUCGUCGUUUUUGUGGGGCAUGUUGCUGUAAUGUUUCUUUCAGCGUAUUUUCAUAUUUAUCAAUAAGGACUGGGAGAUCAUAAUCAUAAUCAUCAUCUAAAUCUAGCACUUUUAGAUCUUCAUUGAAACUAUUCAUGUUUACAUUGUUUAAUUUUCGAUAGUAAAUUUCAGCUUGCUCCAAUGGUGGUUUCUCUAAUUUUAAUGUACAAUGUAUGGCAAGAUGAUCUGAUAUUACUGGAUCAUGUAUUCUGAUACCAGUAACUAAUUUAUCUUCAUUCCUUGUUAUAAUCAAAUCUAAAGUGUGGCCUUUAUAUAACAGAGGUAGGUGAAAUUUCCUCUGAAAUUAAUGUCAAUAAUGAAACAAUAAACGAACAGGACAAUAAUUCAACCCAAGAUCCUACACCAAGUAACCCAACCUUAAUUCACCCAGACCCUAGUAGUCCAGCACCCAGUAGUCAAUCAAGUGGAAAUUACGUCAUAGGUUAUGGUACAAAAACGAAGCUUCCAAAGUUAACUUUACCCCGGUUCAGAGGAGAUAUUACUGAAUUUCAACCAUUUUGGGAUAGUUUUAAAAAUGCUGUCCAUAAGAAUAUAAGUUUGUCAAGCAUUGACAAAUUUAAUUACUUAUAUUCCUUGUUGGAGGGUUCAGCAUUACUAGUUAUUAAGGGGUUGCAUUUGACUGAAGAAAACUACAAAGUUGCAAUAGAUAUUCUCAAACAACGUUAUGGAAAUACACAAGUUGUCAUAUCCGCCCACAUGGAUGAAAUGUUACAACUUCCCGAUUGUUCGACUGGAACGGUACGCGAUCUUCGAAGAGUAUAUGAUAAAAUUAAUGUUAACGUAAGAGAGCUUGAGGCCCUUGGAGUAAAAUCGGAACAGUAUGGUAGUCUACUUAUUCCAAUCAUCAUGUCAAAACUACCAUCUGAGUUACGAAUUCAUGUUGCAAGAAAGACUGCCAGUGAACUUUGGAAAACUGAUGAUAUUCUGGAAAUUAUUCGAAAGGAAGUGGAAGCACGGGAGAUCAGUGAGAGUGUUCGCAUAAGCAAUUCUAGUUUUAAUGACAUUCGCAAGCAAAAUGAAGUAUGGAAACCAAAUCGACGGCGGAAUUACAGUUCAUCUGCGGCAAGUCUAUUCGUUAAAGAUGGGGAAAAUGAGCGAAAGAUAAAAUGUGUCUAUUGUGGACAAUAUCAUUACUCAGCAUCGUGCGAACAUGUGAAAGAUGUGGAUGAUCGAAAGGGCAUUUUAAGAGAUCAGAAACGUUGCUAUUUAUGUUUGCAAGGUGGUUAUUGUGCACAUGAAUGUGAAAAUGGCAGGCUCUGUCGUUGGUGCAAUGGCAAACACGAUUAAUCUAUUUGUACUAAAGCUACCAAAACACUUCGAAAGAUCAAUCCUGAAGUAACAACAAAACCAGAAGCGAAAGAGGAGAAAAAAGAAACGCAGAACCUCACAACAACUACAACGUCCAACGGCUCAUCAAAGGUGUUUUUGCAAACUGCCACGACAGAUGCUUAUUCUCAACAUAGCAACAGAGCUAUUCCUGUUCGAGUACUUUUAGACAGUGGUAGUCAAAGAUCAUAUGCAACCAAUCAUCUGAAGAAGAGACUUGGCCUUCAACCAGUAAAGAAAGAAACGCUUAACUUGAACACAUUUGGGCAGGAUAAAUUCACAAAACAGAAAUGUGAUGUUGUUAGUUUGACCUGAAAGGCAAAGAUAUCGAAAUUUCAGCUCUUUGUUUUGAGAAAAUCUGUUCACCUAUUCCUACCAAGAUUGAGCUCGAUAAAUAUCCGCAUUUGAUGGGAUUGGAUCUUUCUGAUUCCUCUCUCGCCGAGAACAGUCAUGAUGAAAUCGACAUCUUGAUAGGAUCUGAUUAUUAUUACGACAUUGUAAUUGGGGAAAUUGUAAGAGGAGAAGGUGGUCCAGUGGCUGUUAACAGCAAAUUUGGAUGGGUUCUCUCUGGGCCAUCGAGAGACACUGCAAAAAAUAACAAUGCAACAUUAUCGCACUUAAAACGAGAUGAUAACCUGACAGACAGUCUUCAAAGAUUCUGGGAGACCGAAUCGAUUGGUAUCAAGAAUGAUACGUUUAGUGAAACUCAGACAACGGAAUUUCUACCCGAGAUACAUUUUGAUAAAGGUGAAGGAAGAUAUGAAGUUAAUCUGCCUUGGAAACCGGACUGUUUUCCAAAGUCAACAGGAUAUGGUAUGUGUGUCAACAGAUUGCGACAACUGCAUUCGCGUCUGAAGAAAGACAACACUCUUCUGGAAGAAUAUAAUAAAGUAUUCAGCAGCAAAUAAAUAGUGGUAUCAUUGAAUCAGUACCAGAAGAUGACGACAACGAGGGUUACUACUUACCACAUCAUGGAAUGUUGAAGUCCGAGAGAGAGACUACGAGUGGUUUUCGAUGCAUCAGCAAGACCGGAUAUAGACAGUCCAUCCAUAAAUGAAUGCUUACAAAAGGGUCCCAACCUUAUACCGCCUUUAUUUGAUACAAUAAUAAAAUUCAGAAGUUAUCCAGUGGGGAUUGUUUCUGAUAUUGAACAGGCCUUUCAUCAGGUGCAGAUUAGUCCAUCCGAUCGUUGUAUGCUUGGGUUCUUUUGGUUCGAUGACAUUCGAAAGGACAAUCCCACUAUUAAAAGAUUCCAAUUCCAACGCCUCGUAUUUGGCUUAACACCGAGUCCAGCAAUUUUGUCCACUGUGAUACAAAAUCAUUUAUCCCAACAUGACGAAAACGGUGCUGUUAUACGCCAGCUGUUAAAAGAAUCGCUCUACGUUGACGACUUCGCAGGAUGA